CUCUCACCCGCUCUGCCAACAAAAUGUCACUCAAAAUGCUUAAGAACGGCAUAGCCGUGUGAAUUAUUCGUAGAGAAACCAAAAAAGUCGCGACGAUGAAGAAACAAAAUCAAAGAAAAUUGCAAAAUAAAUAAAUUGAGAGAGCCAACAACGCUUGUAUAGAAAAGAAACGGUGUAUAAAAAAAUACACAUACUCAUGCACGAAUUAACUUGAAUGCCAAAUAGAAAUCAAACAUUCCUUUUGACCAACCAAAACAAAACAAAAAAAGAAAAAAAAAAAAACAACAGAAAAUAGUGAAAAAUAAAAAUAAAUACAAAAAACAACUAAGCAAAGGCACUCUUAUACACCGUCUACGCACACACACCCACAACCACACACAUACUAGCCAACACAAUGCUGCGUAGUUGUGUGUGUUUGGGUCGUGGCGCGAAACGACGCAGCUCCUCGCUAGAGGAUACCUCAUCGUGCCGGUCAUCAGAAAUUGAACGUGUCGCCAAACGUAUGGAGACUAUGACCGUCUACACGAAAACCACAUCGGCAUCAAAAACGACAACCACAACAACAAGCAAACUGCAGCAGCAACAGCUGCAGCAAAGCAGCGGUAGCGGGCGCAGCACCACUUCCAGUCUAUUGCAGUUCUUCCAAUCGAAAACGUGGUACCGGCAUUGGCGUAAAACGGAACGUUCGAUGAGCAUGUCAAAGACCGAAAGAACGUUCGGCGAAAUACAAGUCCAUUCUGUGCCGUCACUUGCUAUCCGUAGUAUACCGGCUUCUGCCCCCGAAGUUGUUCUAGAUGAACGUCCACCGCGCCCUAUUCGUCCGCUACUAAUUGAUCUACGAGAAACCCCUCGACCUCUGCGCAAAUUUACAGUAAAAGUAUUACCUGUAUCAGGGACAUCUGCUUCGGAGUCGUCUGAUGAAGAAGUGACCUGCUCCGGCUGA